CUGGCGAGCCGGCGCCGGCAGACGAGGGGAGCGGGUCGCCGGGGCUCGGUGACAGCGGACGGCGAGCGGGAGGAAGCAUCGGCGGCCAACAGCCGAGGUCUGAAUCACUGAAGAUGAAGAGUAAACCUUCAAGUUGCACAUUAUUUUGUUACAUCACUCUGCUGACAUGGCAAAGUAUUAUGAUGAUGCAGUGCGGUGAGCUGGAAUUUGAGGACAGCCAAGGUCACUGUGUUCCCUGCUUUCCCUGUCCUCCAGGACAAGAGCCUGACAAGGAAUGUGGUUACGGAAAAGGUUUUGAAAAGAGCUGCAGAACCUGUGCACAGGGCACUUUUAAAGACAGCUAUGGUUUCGGGUCCUGUAAAACCCACACGGACUGUGCGAGCUUGAGGAAGACGUAUAUUCGUCUGGGAACACCAAUGACAGAUGCUGCCUGUGGACACUGUUUGCCAGGGCAUUAUGCCUCUGUUGAAGAAACCUCUGGAUUAGAGAAAUGUCUGCCAUGUUCAUCUGCUCCACUGGGAGCUGUAGAAUGUUCAGGGCUUUAUUCCCGUCUGAUACGUGUGGCACGGAAUACCCAGCACACACAUCAGGCAGGCCUUUCAAAGUCUUCCAACGAGAGCAAGGAGGUGACAAAUGAGGAGAAGCACACAGAGUUUGUUGUCUUCGCAUUGGUGCCGGUCUUCUGCAUUGUGGGAUUGUGCGGAAUUUUCAUCUGCAAUGCCCUGAAGAAGAAGGGAUACCGCUGUACCUCAGAAAAAUCUGAUGAUGAAAGUCCCAAUGGGAAGCUGGCUAUCAAUGCAAUUCCCUUCAGAUCAGAUGAAGCCAAUGAGGACACGAUUGGUGUGCUGGUGCGGCUGAUCACAGAGAAGAAAGAAAAUGCUGCAGCCUUGCAAGAGUUGCUAAAGGAGCACGAACUCUUGGAGGGGAUUGACUCCGACAACAAAGCAGACAUCACCAAUAAAAAUGCAUCCGAAAGAUUGGUUCCAUUGUUGACCAUUCCCAAGCUAUGUAAACACCAUCAUGUGCACACGGUGCAGACGUCAGCGACCCUUCUGGGCUCCAGCUGUACACGGUGCAGUCAGAAGAAGUGGCCUGAACUGCUGCUGAAUCCUCCCAUCCGGAACACUGCAAAGCCUGUCAAAGUGGGGACCCGGGCCAACAGGCCUGGAGAAAUCACCAUCCUCUCCAUCGGCAGGUUCCGUGUUACUCAGAUUCCUGAACAGAAGCAGAAUGUAGCUGAUGGGAAAAGUGACUUGGUAGACACUACCUGUGAUGGUUCAAUGGACCAAAAGAUACUGGGCUCAGUAAAAUGCCCAAAGCACACAGCCAGCCAGCAAGAGGUUGGUGACUGACUUUAUUGAAGAUCCUGAAGAGGUCAAUAAGUUACCCCUAGUGUGGGCUGAAACAAAGGUGGAAAAUGCCUUGAACAUUUAAGACAAAAAAAACUCUUUCCCAAAUGCUCUGUAGCAAAAUGUGGUCUACUUGAAGAGCUGCUGGGAAACAAACUCAGAUACGUGAGCACAAUUUGAAAGCUGAGACUGGAGGAGCAACAGCUAAUAUGUGUUUUCCCUAAAACAGUCCUAUCUGUUCACUAUCCCAGGUUAUUUUUAUAAUUGUAACUUUUAUUUGGAAAUGUUAUAACCUUAACUGCACACCAAAAUGCUGUUAUUUGUCAUCCCUUUAGAUUUUUCAGUAAUAUUGAUUUAUUUAAUAGUUUCAUACUUACAGAUGUUUUUAGAUUCUAUAUUGAAGGCAAUUAGAGCACUUCUGAGGAAUUUGGGAAAAACAAUCUCAUUAAUUCUGCAUGUACUACAGGACCAAACUCUGUAACUAAACAAAUUCAAGCUAUAGGACCAGCAGACAGUAAAGAGUUUGGAGAGGUGACUCAGUGUUAUUUUAAAGGGGGGAAAAAUGCAAUAAGAUGUUAACAAACCAUUUUUGAACAAUGUCAAAAUUUGUGAUUAAUAGGAAAGUUACAAUUCAUUUAUUGCUUUAGUUAUUUUUAAAAUAAUUUUUAAAAGAACCAGUGUUUAAACAACUCAGGGUUUGACAUUACCCACCAAAGAAGUAAUGUCCCUUUUCCAAUAAAAGGAACUUUCUCUGAAUGCUGCGGUAAAUGAAUCGGGUUAAAGCUGACCCACUGAACAUUUAAAAAGUAAUAAAGACAGGAACAACAGAAAACUAUUUCAACAAGAUGGAAAAACAAGCAGCUUUCCUAUUUCUAUCUUUGUAAGGUGUGGUACUGUCGUGGUUUAAAAUGCCAAAGCAAUAAUAUACCUUUUGCAGAAGGAAUAUUGUAAACAUUCAUUAUUACCUCUACAAGUAGAUUGCCAGUUGAUAUAGACCAGGGAGGGUAUGUAGUGAUUGUGUACCAACAGUGCACACCUCCCCUUUUGUUCACUACCUACUGGUCAUGUGGGUGUGGUAGAUACCCACUGUUGUAACAGCUGUGUUUCCUCAACCAGAAACUGGCAAAUCAUGUAUCAUGGAACAGCAGUUUAUUUAUGUAUGGAGAAUGACUGGACUUUGAAUUUAUUGUGUAGCAACAUUAAAUGCUUCAGAUGAGGAAACAGGCAGAGAUCCUAAAUGGUAAAAUUUGUUUAUUAUUGAUAGGCCAAUGAAUGGGGGGGGGGGGGUGGUUGUUAAGAAAUUUGACAUUUUGGCUGUACAGUAAUUCCACUAGUUUGAGACGUGUGCAUUCACCUGGUGUAUUUACAGAAGAGCCAUGUGCAAAGUAAUGCCUGGAGCUGGAAUACUUACAUCCUGAUAAACUUACAUUAUUGUGAUUGAAUUUCUGACAUGAGAUUCCAAUCAGAAAUGCUGAUGAGAGCUUUGUAUUCUUUAGGUAAUUGUGAUAAAUACAGCACAAUCUCAAAGCAGGAAUUAUAAUGAAUGACUGACCAUUCAUUGUGAAACACUACAGUAUUAUAUUCCUGAAUUUUUAGGCAAAGAGCAUUGGGUGGGUAAAACACCGUUGAAACAGGACUGUUUCCACUGAUUUGGAUGAGUGCAAGCAUAAUGAUUUAAUGUUUUUAUUUUUUUCAUCUGUGUCCUUUGUAUAAAAUGCUAGUGAGAUGCAGUUUUAAUACAGAAUUAUAACAAUAGCCAUCCAUUGAUCCACACUAUUCAGAGAGGAGAGUUACUGCGGCCUGCAAGCAUUAAACAAUCUUUGACUUUUUAAUAGGGUCAAUAGUCUGAAGAUGUUUUCUUUUUUUUUAAAAAGAUCGCAGCAUUUUCACGUACAACAAAUUUGAAUUGACUAAAUUCAAUUAGAAGAGGACCUUUUUUUUUUUUGGAAGCAAGUAAUACAUUCCAGUCCACUUUCAAUGGCAACUUGGGAUUUGCAUUUAGUGACAGUACUAUGGGGAAAAUGGCAAAUGGGGCAGAGGUUGUGAGGCAGCUACCAUCAUUGCAAGUGUAGGCAGUGGCUCCUGCAGCGCCGGUCAUCCUUGCAUGCGCACAUUCAGAGCAAAUACACCAAUUUUGAUUCCGAAGCAACUCCAUAAUAAAUAAAUGUUUUGCAAUUUGUCCUGCAAAACAAGCAGCUUCAAUGGCAGAGGGCCUGCGUAGUUAUAGGACUAGUCCCUCAUGCUGAUCCUGCCAGUAAGAAUGGGACUCCCAAAAUGGCAAUUCUGAGUUUGCAGAUUGCAGCUUGUGGCUUAAAUAAAAUUAAAAUUUCAAACUCCACAUUCACUAUAGGGAAAGGUGGGGAAAAAUUAAAUUCACUCAUGCAGGUAGUUGACACCACCAUUGGUGUGCUCAGCUGAGUAUUUGGAGGGAAUCUCUGAAGUGUGGCACUGAAAAUGAUUCCUAAUUAGAUCCCCUUUUCAUAAGACUUGUUUACAGCAUUUUAAUUUUGGGUGAAAAUUAAUUUGCAUAUUGCUGCUUUUUAAACUUUAUGGUAAUGUUUACUUUAUUUCUGGUUGUGUAACAUUAGUACUGUAUUUAAUGUACUGACAUAUUCAUGUAGAUGCACUGAUGUAAACCAUUCCUGUAUCACGUAUUUAUUUAUUCUUAGUUGGGUUUUGUUGCAGGAUUUUUUACUUGGGUGCUUCCCGAUGAAAUAAAUUUUAUUAUUAUA